CUGCAUUAUGAGAUAAUAAUGAACGGGAGAGCUUGCGUCCAGAUGGCUGCUGGUGCUUGGACUGCUAGUGUUAUCAACUGUGCAAUGCACACUGGGAACACCUUUAGUCUCCCCUUCUGCCACUCAAAUAUCAUCAACCAGUUCUUCUGUGAAAUACCCCAGCUGCUCAAGCUCUCCAGCUCUGACACAUACCACAGAGAGCUGGCAGCUCUUGCCUUCAGUGUGUUUCUAGCUUUAGGCUUUUUUGUUUUCAUCGUUGUGUCAUAUGUUCAGAUCUUCACCGCAGUGUGGAGAAUCCCCUCCGAACAGGGCUGGCAAAAAGCCUUCUCCACCUGCAUUCCCCAUCUUAUCGUGGUCUCCCUGAUUCUUUCCACUGGCGGCAUUGCCUACAUGAAGCCCAUCUCUGACUCCCCGUCCGCCUUGGAUCUCCUGGCAGCUGUUCUGUAUUCUGUGGUGCCUCCA